AUGGUUCAAGUCCCUGAUGUCUGUCAGAUCUGUAACAAUGUUGAAGAAUCAGCCUUUCACCUAUUCAUACAAUGUCCUCUCGCAAAACAAUGUUGGGAUAUCCUGGGAGAUGUUAAUUAUUCAUCAAGCACCACCUUUCUUGAAUGGAUUGUCCUUCUCUUUUCAUCAAAAUCUGAUCAUGAUCUAUGUGUUAUCAUUUCUAUAUGUUGGAAGAUCUGGGAUGCAAGAAAUGAAAAAAUCUGGAAUAGUACCAUCCUUUCGGCCUCCCAUAUUUGCCAUUCUGCUAAGCAUUUCUAUUUUGAUUGGUCUGCUGUUAAUAAUGUUAUGAAUGCUUCUGCCAGGAACCUUGUUGACAGCACUGGUUGGUCAAGGCCCCCUCCCGGCUUUCUCAAGCUCAACGUGGACGCGGCUCUUGAUCAAGAAAGCAACAAGAUGGGCUUCGGAUCGGAUUCAUCCUUCGGGACUAUACUGGUAAAUUCAUUGCUGCAUGGAGUAACGUCUUCACACCAGCUGAGGCGGAGGCUAUGGGCAUUCGCGAAGCUCUGA